AAGAAGAAGAAGAAGAAGAAGAAGAAGAAAAGAAGAAGAAGAAGAAGAAGAAGAAGAAGGAUGAGGAUGAAGAAGAAGAAGAAGAAGAAGAAGAAGUAGGAUGAGGAUAAGAAGAAGAAGUAGGAUGAGGAUGAAGAAGAAUUCCAGUGCAGCAAAAAGUGUAUCUGCAGAGAGCUCCGCUAUUUCUGACAGUUCUCUGACAGUUCCUUCACAUUUACAGUGGUUGAAACAUUGUAUCUAUUUGUUUCCGAAUAAAAACAUCUGUAUCCUAAAUGGAAACAAAUAGAUACAAUGUUUCAACUGCUGUAAAUGUGAAGGAACUGUCACAGAACUGUCAGAAAUAGCGGAGCUCUCUGCAGGGACACUUUUUGCCGGCUGUAGAAGGGAUGAAAAUCGGCCGAUCGGGGAAAAUUCGAUUCGAUUCGCAUCCGAAGUUUGCUAA